AUGCGCUUCUAUUCGCUCUUCGGAGCGCUAUGCGCCGCUACGGUAGCCACGGCCACGCCGCGCACUGCCCACAUCUACCUCCAACCCGUCGAGGGCGGCGGCAAGCCAAGCCCCUUGGCUGAAGUCGCUUACGAUGUUGCCGUGCCAUCUGCCGCUGAGGUGCUUACCUACGAGGCGCCAGACCUGCCGGACAGCACGUCAACAAUCCGGGUCGGCGUCUACGAUGUAACAUCCAAGGCCUGGUCCUCGGGGACGACGGUGGCGUCGGUCGACAAUUUUAGCAAAGGUUUCGCGCCAAACUUCUUAAUCUCGGUGGACUCCCACGGCGCAGUCAUCAGCACGACUCUCAAGGGCGUCCAGAUCGACGCCGGACACACGCGGGACUUUGGGCCGCAGGUUGUGCUGCUCCCCGAGACACGUGGGACGCAACCGGCGCUCAACAAGCCCGUGGUGCUGAACCCCGACGGGAAGAGGGAGGAACCUCAGGAGAAGACUCUGUUUCAAAAGUACUGGUGGGUGCUUGCGAUUGUGGUGUUCAUUGCCAUGAGCGGCGGCGGUGAUAAAUAA